GAGAAAGUAGGCCACACCCACCACCACCAUCGCCGGGAGAAUCUAGCCAAUCCAGUAGCAAUAAAGUAAAGUUACCGUACCCUCCCCGUGAGCUAGCCCAGGAAGCCAGCCAGGCUCACCACCCGCUCGGGCCCGCCGCCCAGCUAGCGCGGUCCCACGAGAGCGAAAGCUCAAAGCAGCUCGCAGUCUCGCACGCCAUGACACCAGCACAGAACCAGCCACCUUCCCCUGGUCAGUCGCCUCCCCCGCUAGUCAAUACCACAGUGGAGUGCCCACCUCAACAUUAAAGAAAGAGAAGGCAAGCGGGGACAGAGAGGGAGAGGAGAGGAGAGGGGAGGGGAGGUAGCAUGACGUCGGGGGCGGCGGCCGCUGGCGGGAUGGGGCGGACGCCGACGUGGAAGGAGCGGGAGAACAACAAGCGGCGGGAGAGGCGGCGCCGGGCCAUCGCCGCCAAGGUCUUCACCGGCCUCCGCGCGCUCGGCAACUACAAGCUCCCCAAGCACUGCGACAACAACGAGGUCCUCAAGGCGCUCUGCCGCGAGGCCGGAUGGGUCGUUGAGGACGACGGCACCACCUACCGCAGGGGAUGCAGGCCGCCGCCGUUGGGCGCGGGGGUUGCGUCGGCGGGGAUGAGCCCCUGCUCGUCCUCGCAGCUCAUGAGCGCGCCGUCGUCGAGCUUCCCGAGCCCGGUGCCGUCCUACCACGGAAGCCCGGCGUCGUCGAGCUUCCCGAGCCCCACGCGUCACGACAGCAACCACCCCAGCGCCUCCUCCCUGCUCCCGUUCCUCCGGGGGCUCCCCAACCUCCCGCCGCUCCGCGUCUCCAGCAGCGCGCCGGUGACGCCGCCGCUCUCGUCGCCGACGGCGUCUCGGCCGCCCAAGGUCCGGAAGCCCGACUGGGAUUCCGUCGUCGACCCUUUCCGGCACCCGUUCUUCGCGGUCUCCGCACCUGCCAGCCCCACCCGCGCCCGCCGGCGUGAGCACCCAGACACGAUCCCCGAGUGUGACGAGUCGGACGUCUCCACGGUGGACUCCGGCCGGUGGAUCAGCUUCCAGAUGGCGGCGACGACGGCGCCGGCGUCGCCAACAUACAACCUCGUGAACCCGGGCGGCGCCUCCAACUCCAACUCCAUGAAGCUGGACGGAACGGCCGGGGACAGGGGCAGAGGCGGCCCGGAGUUCGAGUUCGACAAGGGCUGGGUGACGCCCUGGGAAGGCGAGAGGAUCCACGAGGUCGCCGCCGAGGAGCUCGAGCUCACGCUCGGCGUCGGCGCCAAGUGACGGCCAUAGGCAGCUGAGCAUCGCACAAAGCUCAGAUCUUUGCCGUCCUGUAAUGUCAUGAGCAAAAAAAAUGGUUCCUUUCAUGAACCUCGCCUAGCAGGUGAUCGCGGCUGUUGUGAGAUCAGCGGUGAAUGUGUAGUGUGCGACGCAUUCUGCUGCGAUUCGAUCGGGCAUUUCGUUGUAGAUGUAGUUGAUGCUGUUGUUUCAUUCAUGGACUUGAGAAAUUAAGGAUGAGAAACCAUCGUUCAUCUGUAUUGAUCGUUGAUUGUUUCUUCA